AUGCAUGUAUUUUCAGGUGUCCAAGGAGCACUUCUCUCCACCAUUAUGCACCCAAUUCUACCGCACUCAGUGUUCUUCGGUAGUGUGGCACCUGUGAGUGAUGAUUCAAUGAUGAAUGCUCUGUUUGGACGUCUUGAACCUCCAGCAAUUCCAUGCAAGGUGGAAUCAAUUAGGAACAAAAUUAUGUUGUCCAUGUCACCAUCGCAUGUGUGGACACGUGAUAUGGAGCAUGUGGAAAUGCUGAAUACGGAAUCCGGCCGAACUAACAAGGGUUCACCAUACGCCUCUGCAAAGCGGCGAUUUUCGAGGUGGGCUUUCCUGAAAUUGGCGCCUGAUAAGCGUUUGAAGCGCAGAAAGCCUAAAAAGUCAAUAGAAAAUCAAUACUCGAUUGUAGAAUAG